UCAGACAGUCUACAACGCGGUUCAACACGUUUUUCUUCUCUCUAACUGGAAAAAAUAAAUAUUUGGACCCAAGACUUUCUCUCUCACUGCCUGACAGGAUUGAGAUGUUACAUUUUAGGUUCUCCACAGUGCUGAAGGAGUUGUCUCAAGCCACCCUCAAGCGUCCUUUGCCUGUCUGUACUACACAGAAGAAGACGUGGUUGCCGACCCGCCACCACCAUCACCACCACUACCACCACCACUGCUUCUUUACCGGCACCACCUCCGCUGUUUCCCCCCAGCUAAAGCUCAUCCAUGCCCGCUCCUACUGCACCAAAACCGAGGGUGCUGUGGAGUUGGACGAGCAGCUGAAGAAGGAUGGUGUCAACGCUGAAACACCCAGUGACAAGAGGAGAAAUGCAGGCAUCCUUCCCAGUCUGGAGGAUUUGCUCUUCUACGCAGUCGCUGAAGGUCAAGAAAAGAUUCCUGCUCAUAAAUUUCUCACAGCUCUUAAAGCCACUGGGCUUCGCAGUGGAGAUCCACGACUGAAGGAAUGUAUGGAAACCCUCAAAGAAACUUUAAAGAACACGACAGAUGGCGUCACGCUGGACAGGCACCUAUUCAAGAAGUGUGUCCAGAGCAACAUUGUCCUGCUCACUCAGGCCUUCCGCAAGAAGUUCGUCAUCCCAGACUUCCAGUCCUUCUCCUCCCAUAUUGAUGAGCUGUAUGAGAAUGCCAAAAAUCUCUCUGGAGGACAGGUUGCAGACUACAUUCCUCAGCUUGCCAAAUUCAACCCUGACCUGUGGGCCGUCUCUCUCUGCACGGUCGAUGGACAGAGACACACGGUGGGAGACACCAAGGUCCCCUUCUGUCUGCAGUCCUGUGUCAAACCGCUGAAGUAUGCCGUCGCCAUUCACGACCACAGCACAGAGUACGUGCACAGCUUCAUUGGGAAGGAACCCAGUGGACUACGGUUUAAUAAGCUCUUCCUGAAUGAAGAAGAUAAGCCUCACAACCCCAUGGUGAACGCCGGCGCUAUCGUUUGUACUUCACUGAUAAAGCAAGGUGCGGGCAACGCAGAGAAAUUUGACUAUGUCAUGAACUUCCUGAAAAAGAUGGCGGGAAACGAGUAUGUUGGUUUCAGCAAUGCCACAUUCCAGUCGGAGCGUGAGUCAGGAGACAGGAACUUUGCCAUCGGCUACUACCUGAAAGAAAAAAAGUGUUUCCCAGAAGGCACAGAUAUGACGUCUGUACUGGACUUCUACUUUCAACUCUGCUCCAUCGAGGUGACCUGCGAGAGCGCCAGCGUCAUGGCCGCCACGCUCGCUAACGGAGGUAUCUGCCCGAUCACGGGUGAGCGUGUGCUGAGCCCCGAGGCGGUGAGGAACACGCUGAGCCUCAUGCACUCCUGCGGCAUGUACGACUUCUCGGGACAGUUCGCUUUCCACGUCGGUCUGCCGGCCAAGUCUGGAGUAGCGGGAGGAAUCCUGCUGGUCGUACCCAACGUGAUGGGAAUCAUGUGCUGGUCGCCUCCACUGGACAAACUGGGCAACUCGGUCAGAGGAAUCCAGUUCUGUUUGGACCUCGUCGAACUUUUCAACUUCCACAACUACGACAACUUGAGACACUUCUCCAAGAAGUACGAUCCUCGCAGGGAGGGAGGGGACCAGCGGGUGAAGUCUGUUAUCAACCUGCUGUUUGCUGCCUUCACAGGAGACGUGUCUGCACUGAGGAGGUUUGCGCUGUCAGCCAUGGACAUGGAGCAGAGGGAUUACGACUCCAGGACCGCUCUCCACGUGGCCGCAGCUGAAGGACACACUGAGGUGGUCCGCUUCCUGCUGGAGGCUUGUAAGGUCAACCCCGUCCCUGUAGACAGAUGGGGCAACACUCCGAUGGAGGAGGCGGUGCACUUCGGCCACCACGACGUCGUCACCAUCCUGCAGCAAUACAACGACAAGUACAGUCCGCCAGACGGCCCCGAUGACAAGGAGCGGGUGGAGAAGAGCCUGGACAGCCUGCUGUAGACCUGCCGCUUUAAACUGGUCAACGUUACCAUAGCGACCAUACAUACUUCUAAACUUACUGGGCUGAACUUGUGUUUUCUCUGUCGCAGCAGUGAUCUUAUCAGUGUGCUCGUGUGCUUUCAGGCUGUAUAUCUCCUCCUCGCCUCUAUAAGAAUAAGAAUAAUAAGAAUAAGAAUAAUGCAAUGUGUGAGUGUGUGAGUGUGUAUGUGUGUGUAUGUGUGUGUGCGAGCGUCUUAUCAAAGGGUCAGUGACAGGUUUUUUUUUGUGUCCAUGUGGUUUAGUCAAAUUUUAAAGAGGUUAAAAUAUGAAAAUAAACGUAAGAAUAAC